AAUGCGCGUUGAUGGGUUGUUGUUCGAUAAGCGCGCUCAGUACGUUUCGUGUUAAUAACCGAGCCAGUAGCUUAGCCAUGUUUCAUAGUUUCGAUACGGUGCGACGGGAAUGGAUUUCCCGCCAGCCUCCGCUGGCCGUGGAUCCCCAAACUAACCUCGGUCAGUUGAUUUUGACGGCACUCGAUCGCGUUCCCAGCGGCGAGGCACUCCAGAUCGAUGCAGAUCACCAGGAUCGGGUGAUGAGUGCAGCGGAGAUGCGACUUCGUGCGAUUCGAGUCGCUCAAAACCUGUCCAGUCUGGGCUUCGGAAAGGGUGACAUGGCCGCUCUGAUUUGCUGUAACAGUGAAAACCUAACUCCGAUCGCGCUCGGUUUGCUGAUAGCCGGAGUGACCUUCGUCGCUCUGCCCGUCAAUUUCCACGCUGAUGAUCUUGGCUAUUUGAUGGGUUUGGUGCAGCCCGAGUUAGUGAUUUGUGACGAAGCCGUCUAUAAAGCGACUCUGGACGGGGCCGCCAGAUCUCUAAACCAGAAACCGGUAAUUUUUGUGGUGGAAAGUGAGCGGGAAUCCGUGAGGAAUGUUGAAGAAUUGUUGCAGGAGACGGGCAACGAAGCUGCGUUUGUUCCACAGUGGCAUGGUGAUGUACGCGAGCAGAUUGCCGUAAUUUUGUGCACCUCGGGAACAACCGGUCAGCCGAAGGGAGUUUGCGUUUCUCAGGCUCACAUCGCUGUGGUGCUGAAUCAACCUAGACGUGGAUCGCCAACCAAAGAUCUCAUCUUCAACUUUAGUCCACUGUACUGGGGGACGGGGCUUUUUUCGCUGCUCAACUCCGUCUCAACCGGAACGACCCGAGCGAUCACUCGCAGUUCCUUUAAUGAAGAUACUUUCUAUGACAUUUUGGAAAGGUUGAAACCAACGCAAUUUUUUACACCCCCAUCGCAUGCGAUUCUACUGCUGAAUCAUCCACGAGCAGAAAGUGCCGAUUUUAGUUCCCUGCGGAGCUGGGGUCUGAGUGGCAGUCAUGCUUCGCCACGGUUGCGACGCCUCUUGGAGGCGAAACUUCCGAAUGGUAAAACAUCCAACAGUUAUGCCUCCUCCGAAACCGGAUUGAUUGCGAUGGAGUUUGGCAAGCGGAAGGAAGGUUCUGUGGGUCAACUGAUGCCACAUUUGAACGCGAAAGUUGUCGAUGAAUGCGGCAUGGCAGUAGGCAUUGGGGAGCACGGUGAGCUGCUGAUUAGUACUAAAAUCCCUUUCAUGGGUUACUAUAAUGAUGAGAAAGCAACUCGGGAACUUGUCGAUGAGGAAGGUUGGAUUCGAACCGGCGACAUUGGCUACUUCGAUGAGGAUGGAUUUGUGUUUCUAGUAGACCGAAAGAAGGAUGUCAUCAAGUAUAGAGGCUACCAGAUGUCGCCUGUGGAUUUGGAGACGCUCAUUGCGGAGCUCGACGGUGUUCGGCAGGUUUGUGUGGUCGGGGUGCCGGAAAUGGACGCGUCAUCCGAUCUGCCAGCGGCUGUGAUCGUACGACAAGAGGGCAGCCUACUGACGGAGCAACAAGUAGAACAGCAUCUGGUCCAGCGACAAAUUUCUGACCACAAACGACUCCGCGGGGGUGUGUUCUUCUGGGCGGAGCUUCCACUGACUGCGACGGGUAAAGUGCUACGACGAACCGUACGGCAAAUGCUGGUCGAGCAGUUGGCGGCAUGAUAUAUAUAACAAUUAUACUUUCAAAUAAAUUUUUUCCUCAAUUCGAAA